AUGACGGACUUGAAGUGGAGGGAUCUCUUUAAGCGGACUACGUUGAUUCUAUGUUUGACAAAAGUUAAAACUAAUAUAAAACGCACUUCAGCCCAGCUUAUGAAAGUUUUCCAAAAUCGCCUUCAGAGCAAUUACAUGGGCUGUGCUCAUAUAAGCAUAUAUAUUAUGUUGAAGAUACCUCCCAGGAGGUAG